UCCAAAUCCCCGCAUAAUCAACAUAAAAAUCGGCUGUCAUUCAGCUGUUCUUCUCUUUUUCAUCUCCACUCCCACCUUUUCUUGAUGUUUGGCUUCAGGAAGCACAAAUCGGACGACCAAGCUUCCGACCAUGGCAGCGAAGUCGCAACCCUUCCCACUGGAUCCGAUUCAAACGAAAAUCAAGAUAUUCCGCAAGAAGAAGACAACCAGUCGCCUCCAGAGGGAAGUCCUACUGAAAGCAAAGGGUUCUUCCGUGGUUUGUUUAGUAAAGGACAGCGAAAACGAGACCCUCUUGAUCCCCCACCUGAAUGCUUUUCGAGGCCUCUGGAUCUCCCUCAGGAGCAAAUGCCCUUUCCUGCUUUCGAGAUAUCAUGUAACGGCAGACUCCUUGAUGCCGGAUGGCCAGUUGAGUAUCCUGGAGAAGUUCUAAUUGCACACGACAUACAAGAGUCGGAAUGGACACGAUUCCUUGAGGAUUUGAGUCUUACAGCUCGCUUGAAACCUAGAGACAGAAUUGUGUCUCACGUUAUCCCAAUGACCUUGGGAGUGGGCCUUUAUGGAAUUCUUAUAUCCAAUGCUAUACGACGCAUCAUGAAGAGAGGCAAAGCAAAUGGAGUUGCCAGUGUAGUCGAUAUCUGGAAUGCCUGCUAUUUCCAAAUUCGUGGAGUCAAGGUUACGCUCAUGCGUGGAGAAAAGAUUCUAAGUGGUCUUGAAGUGGAUGAUGACGAUUCUUCACAGAGCUCUUCGGAUUCGUCAUCACACAAAGGCUCAGACAACAACGAUGAAAGCAAAAAAGAUAGCCAGGAAGAGCAGCAGAAGAAGGAGGAGGACGAAGAAGAGGAAGAAGAAGAGGAAGAAGACGACAAGAAGCGAGCCUCACCGUAUUAUCUCCUCAUUGAGUUUCAACCAAUAGAUCCUCAGCAUCAGAGCGAAGUACUGUUGGAUCAAUCUACCGUUGAUAAAUCGUAAAUAUAUACCUUCAUGUUUUUGUUUGUAUAAACUUUUUAGUUGUAAUAAACCAAACUAGUGUAUGAAGAGAUGGGUUGAAAUAAC